ACGCGCCAUGUGUUCUCUUCUCUCUUCGCGUAUGUCCCAGCGACGGACUUUUCUCACUUUCUAGCAGGAACAGUGGCGCUGCACACAGAACUGCAGUUUUCAAAUCGUUAAAUCUUGAUCGCCGGAAAUUUUCCUCCGUAUCAAAAUUCAUCAAAUGAGGACGCUAGCGUCGCGGUUGAUUAAUUCUCAACCGUCCCUCUCCCGAUUACAUGCAAUGGCUGCAUCGAGGAACACGCGAUAUUUAACAACGGAUUCUAAUAAGGUAGACGAACCGUUUAAAGUAGAGGAAGCGGAGACGGUUGAUGUACCUCCACCGCCGACGGAGAAGGUUCUUGUAUUAGGUGGAAAUGGAUUUGUUGGCUCCAAUGUAUGCAAAAUAGCUUUAGAUCGUGGGGUGAGAGUCCAAAGCCUUAGCAGAUCUGGUAGGCCGUCUGUGCAGGAUUCUUGGGCUAAUGCUGUGACCUGGCAUCAAGGAGAUCUUCUUUCACCUGAUUCAUGGAAGGAAGCCUUGGACGGGGUUUCUGCCGUUAUUUCCUGCGUUGGUGGUUUUGGAUCACACUCUCGCAUGUAUAAGAUCAAUGGAACUGCAAACAUCAAUGCAAUAAGGGCUGCUUCAGAAAAAGGUGUAAAAAGAUUUGUUUAUAUAUCUGCUGCUGACUUUGGCGUGGCUAAUUACCUACUGCAAGGAUAUUAUGAGGGAAAGAGAGCUGCUGAAACAGAGUUGCUGACCAAGUUUCCUUAUGGAGGAAUAAUUCUCAGGCCUGGAUUUAUUUAUGGGACGCGCAAUGUCGGGAGCAUGAAGUUACCGCUUGGUGUGAUUGGUUCUCCUUUGGAGAUGGUUCUUCAACAUGCAAAGCCACUAAACCAGCUUCCACUUAUUGGACCUCUGUUCACCCCCCCUGUCAAUGUUACUGCAGUGGCAAAGGUUGCAGUAAGAGCAGCAACUGACCCUGUGUUUCCUCCUGGAAUCAUCGAUGUACAUGGAAUACUACGAUAUACCCAGCAAAGAUCAAAGUAGAUUUAUCGAGUUACAAUCAUUUUCUCCGCCAUUAAAGAUAUAGAGCGAAGCUGCAGAUUUUUUUUGUUCAACAAGUUGAAUCAAGUAUUCAAAGUCUGUAGCUUUAAGAUUCAAUUAGGUUUAAAGAUUUUUUGUGUUUUAUUGCAUCUCUGAUGCAACAAUAAUUUAAAUUGCCAGAAUAAGUUGUUAAACGUUUUGGGACAUUGUCAAUGUUUUGAUGUGCAACAAAGUGCAUUUGUUAUGGUAUUUGCUUUUUAUUCA